CUCCUCCUCGUCCUCCUUCUCCCGCUGCUCUGCACAGCCCCUGAUGUUUCAAGGGGAAAUAAGCUUAAACUGAUGCUGCAGAAACGUGAAGCCCCUGUAGCCACGAAGCCCGAGGUGUCAGUGCAAGAAACGGCGGCCAAGGAGUUCCUAAGCAGCCUGCGACGCCAGAGACGCCAGCUGUGGGACAGAAGCCAGCCCGACGUGCAGCAGUGGUACCAGCAGUUCCUGUACCUGGGCUUUGACGAGGCGAAAUUCGAAGAUGACAUCUCCUACUGGACAAGCUUAGGGCGAGCCCGUAACGAAUACUAUGGUGGAUACUAUCAGCACCACUACGACGAAGAUUCACCGAUCGGCCCACGGAAUCCGCACACCUUCAGGCACGGAGCAGGGGUCAACUAUGAUGAUUAUUAA